GGACUAAUCCUUUGGCAACUAGAGUUGAAAUGGGUACCUCGAGACAUCUGGGGCAGUGGCCUCAGCUGGUUUAUGCUUUAGCCUUUUGCAUUAUAGCUACUAGUGUAGUAGCUGAUAAGCCUUACAUUUAUGCUUCACCUCCUCCACCAGAGCAUUCUCCUCCACCGCCUUAUUACUAUGAGUCACCACCUCCACCAUUGAAAUCUUCACCACCUCCCCCUAUCUACUACCAUAAGUCUCCCCCACCACGAUCUCCAUCACCACCUCCUCCAUAUAUUUACAAGUCUCCACCUCCUCCAUCUCCUUCUCCUCCACCACCUUAUGUCUAUAAAUCACCAUCUCCUCCACCACCUUACAUUUAUAAAUCACCACCACCACCUCCACGAUAUGUUUACAAGUCCCCACCUCCUUAUGUUUACAAAUCACCACCACCACCACCAUCUUCACCUCCUCCGCCUUAUGUUUACAAAUCUCCUCCUCCACCAUCUCCAUCACCUCCCCCUCCAUAUGUCUACAAAUCCCCACCACCUCCAUCUCCAUCUCCACCUCCUCCAUACAUCUAUAAGUCUCCACCACCACCCCCACCAUCCCCUCCUCCUUACAUUUACAAAUCACCACCACCACCAUCUCCAUCACCACCUCCUCCCUAUGUUUAUAAAUCUCCACCACCACCAUCACUCUCACCUCCUCCUCCUUAUGUCUAUAAAUCACCACCACCACCAUCUCCAUCACCUCCUCCUCCAUAUAUUUACAAGUCACCACCACCACCAUCUCCAUCUCCUCCACCUCCAUAUGUUUACAAGUCACCACCACCACCACCACCAUCUCCAUCACCUCCUCCACCCUACAUUUACAAGUCACCACCUCCUCCAUCUCCAUCACCACCUCCUCCCUAUAUUUAUAAAUCUCCACCACCCUCACCACCUCCUCCUUAUGUCUAUAAAUCUCCACCACCACCUUCACCUUCACCAUCCUCUCUUCCUCCUUAUGUUUACAAAUCGCCACCACCACCAUCUCCAUCACCCCCUCCAUCUUACAUUUACAAGUCACCACCUCCUCCCUCUGUCUAUAAAUCUCCACCACCACCGUCACCCUCACCUCCUCCUCCUUAUAUUUACAAAUCACCACCACCACCAUCUCCAUCCCCUCCUCCUCCAUAUGCUUACAAGUCACCACCUCCCCCAUCUCCAUCCCCACCUCCUCCCUAUGUUUAUAAAUCUCCACCACCACCCUCACCCUCACCCUCACCUCCUCCUCCUUAUAUUUACAAAUCACCACCACCUUCAUCCCCAUCACCUCCUCCUCCAUAUGUUUACAAGUCACCACCACCACCAUCUCCAUCCACUCCUCCUCCAUAUGUUUACAAGUCACCACCUCCCCCAUCACCAUCCCCACCUCCUCCCUAUGUCUAUAAAUCUCCACCACCACCCUCACCCUCACCUCCUCCUCCAUAUGUUUACAAAUCAACACCACCUCCAUCCCCAUCACCUCCUCCUCCAUCUCCUUAUGUCUAUAAAUCGCCACCUCCACCAUCUCCAUCUCCACCACCUCCAUAUGUCUACAAGUCCCCUCCUCCACCAUCACCAUCACCUCCUUCUCCAUACAUCUAUAAAUCUCCACCACCACCCUCACCAUCACCACCUCCUCCUUACAUUUAUAAAUCACCACCACCACCAUCUCCCUUAUCUCCUCCACCAUAUGUCUACAAGUCCCCACCUCCACCACCACCAUCACCUCCUCCUCCAUACAUCUAUAAAUCUCCACCACCACCCUCAUCAUCACCACCUCCUCCUUACAUUUAUAAAUCACCACCCCCACCAUCUCCCUCACCUCCUCCUCCUUAUGUCUACAAGUCCCCUCCUCCUCCAUCACCAUCACCACCUCCUCCCUACAUCUAUAAAUCUCCACCACCACCCUCACCUUCACCACCUCCUUACAUUUAUAAAUCACCACCCCCACCAUCACCAUCACCUCCUCCUCCAUAUGUUUAUAAGUCAACACCACCACCAUCUCCAUCACCUCCUCCUCCUUACGUCUAUAAGUCACCACCUCCUCCAUCUCCUUCACCCCCACCUCCUUACGUCUACAAAUCACCACCGCCACCAUCACCUUCACCUCCUCCUCCUUACGUUUACAAAUCCCCUCCUCCACCAUCUCCAUCACCUCCUCCUCCUUAUGUCUAUAAAUCCCCACCUCCACCGUCUCCUUCACCCCCACCUCCUUACGUCUACAAAUCACCACCUCCACCAUCACCUUCACCUCCUCCUCCUUACGUCUACAAAUCCCCUCCCCUACCAUCUCCAUCUCCUCCUCCUCCUCCUUAUAUCUAUAAGUCACCACCUCCUCCGUCUCCUUCACCUCCACCUCCUUAUGUCUACAAAUCACCACCGCCACCAUCACCUUCACCUCCUCCUCCUUACGUUUACAAAUCCCCUCCUCCUCCUUAUGUCUAUAAAUCCCCACCUCCACCGUCUCCUUCACCCCCACCUCCUUACGUCUACAAAUCACCACCUCCACCAUCACCUUCACCUCCUCCUCCUUACAUCUACAAAUCCCCUCCCCCACCAUCUCCAUCUCCUCCUCCUCCUCCUUAUAUCUAUAAGUCACCACCUCCUCCGUCUCCUUCACCUCCACCUCCUUAUGUCUACAAAUCAUCAUCACCACCACCAUCACCUUCACCUCCUCCUCCUUAUAUUUACAAAUCCCCUCCUCCACCAUCCCUAUCACCUCCUCCUCCUUAUGUCUAUAAAUCUCCACCUCCACCAUCUCCAUCUCCACCUCCUCCUUAUGUCUACAAGUCCCCUCCUCCUCCAUCGCCAUCACCUCCUCCUCCCUACAUUUAUAAAUCUCCACCACCACCCUCACCAUCACCACCUCCUCCUUACAUUUAUAAAUCACCACCACCACCAUCUCCAUCUCCACCUCCUCCUUAUGUCUACAAGUCCCCUCCUCCUCCAUCGCCAUCACCUCCUCCUCCCUACAUUUAUAAAUCUCCACCACCACCCUCACCAUCACCACCUCCUCCAUAUCUUUACAAGUCACCACCACCACCAUCUCCAUCGCCUCCUCCUUCUUACAUUUACAAGUCACCACCUCCCCCAUCUCCAUCACCUCCUCCUCCAUAUGUUUACAAGUCACCACCACCACCCUCUCCAUCUCCUCCUCCUCCUCCUCCUUACAUUUACAAGUCACCACCUCCCCCAUCUCCAUCCCCACCUCCUCCCUAUGUUUACAAGUCACCUCCUCCUCCAUCUCCUUCACCUCCUUCUCCUUAUGUCUAUAAGUCACCACCUCCUCCAUCUCCUUCACCCCCACCUCCUUAUGUCUACAAAUCACCACCCCCACCUUCACCUUCACCUCCCCCUCCCUACAUUUAUAAAUCUCCACCACCUCCGUCUCCAUCACCUCCUCCUCCCUAUGUCUACAAGUCACCACCUCCUCCAUCUCCUUCACCACCACCUCCUUACGUCUACAAGUCUCCACCUCCACCAUCUCCUUCACCACCCACUCCAUACUAUUACAGCUCUCCUCCACCCCCAUAUCAUCUCUAGUCACUUCCUCCAAACCUCCAUGAGUCAGCACAUUCACCAGCUUAGUCUCCACCGCUGCCUCACUAGGUUAUUACUAUAAAUGAUUCUCGCCUCCAAAAGGCUAUUUAUUUUAAAUGCACCUAUUAAAUUAUCAGUUUGAAUUGUUCCAAGAAUAAUCACUUUCUUUUGGAUUGUAUGCAUGGUAAUUUCUUUUUUUAGAAUUGUAGCUUUUAUGAAGUGUCCUUAUGUACAAUAAAGACAUGAAAUAGAUAUCCUAUGUGAUCUAUAUGUAAGAAGCACUGAUUAUAUUAUGUCAUGUAACCAAUGUAAGUCAGGAAUUCAUGUUCUUAAAUAUGUUCUAUGUAUUGUGGCUAUUUUACGUGACUACAAGUUAUUGUUACUAUACUACAAAGGAUAUCUAAACAUUCUUGUUCUUUUUU